UCAAGACUCUUUAACUCAGUCUAAUGCCAUCUGGCAGGUUACUUUUUUCAGUAAUGGUGAAAAUGCAUACAUUUACAGCUUGCAACAAAAGUGGCUUUAUUAGGAGGUAAGCAUUUCCUCUAAUCCGGUAGCUAUUUCCUCUAAUCCAGGAGGAGAGUGUUUAAAUAAACCACUAUGGAGGCUGAGGGUCACAGAAUGAGGUAAACACCAGCUUGGCUGUCUGCAUAUUUUUUUACUCAGGCCGUAGAAAACACACCUAUACAGGUAACAGGUGUGAAGUCGAAUCCAUAGGUUCCUAGAAUCAAGACCAUCCGCAGUAGAUCAAAAUGAUUUUUCUAAUGGACCUCCAGAUGAUGCUUCUGGAUGUGAUUUACUUCAUCCUGCGCAACUCUUUGCGGGUCGUCCUGCGCCCACGCACCAAGCCAAUUGAUGGCGAGCUGGUGCUGAUCACCGGAUCAGGUGGCGGCCUGGGUCGUCUCUUUGCUCAGGAGUUCGCCAAGCAUGGAGCAGAGGUGGUGCUGUGGGACAUCAACGGCACUUUCAACGAGCAGACAGCCAAGCUGGUGCAUGAGAUGGGGGGUAAGGCGCACACCUACACGGUGGAUGUGACCAACAGGGAGGAUGUGUAUCGCAACGCAGAGCUUGUGCGAAAGGACCUGGGCCGGGACGUUACAAUGCUGGUGAACAACGCUGGAGUGGUGGCUGGGGAGCGCAUGUUAGACUGUCCCGAUGAACUGAUAGAGAGGACCAUGAAAGUCAACUGCCAUGCCCUCUUCUGGACAGUGAAGGCCUUCCUCCCUCAGAUGAAGGCCCAGAAUCAUGGACACAUUAUCACCAUCGCCAGCAUCCUUGGUCUCUUCAGCACAGCUGGUGUCGAGGAUUACUGUGCCAGUAAGUUUGCUGCAGUCGGCUUCCACGAGUCUCUGGCCCAUGAGCUGCUGACUGAGGAGUUUGAAGGAGUGAAGACUACUCUUGUGUGCCCCUAUAUCGUGGACACAGGCAUGUUUGAAGGCUGCAAGAUACGGGAGGAAGUGGAACUGCUCCUACCCCCCCUGGAGCCCCAGUACUGUGUUGAGCAGGCCAUGAAUGCCAUCCUGGUAGACCAACCAUUAGUGUGCAUCCCUCGCCUCACAUACCUGCCUUUUCUUUGCAGAGCAUUGUUGCCAUGGGAAUCCAAUGUGGUUACGUAUCGUUUCAUGGGGUCCGACAGAUGCAUGUACCCCUUCAUUGACACCAGGAGGAAACAAAUGUCUAAUACCGCCGUUAUGGUUGCAUAACCGUACCUAAGUACAGUUAAGACAACUUUUGGGAGUCAAAACCUUAACAUUUAUAUCAAAUUUUCUUUGCAAAAAAAUUAGAAAAAAAAAAAAAAAAUCCUUCUGCUGGUUUGAACAGCAGUGGGCCAAACUGCCCAGCUAUACAGCCAGGAUUCAAUAACAUACAGAUGAUCUGAAGUAAUGCAAAGGCCAGUCGGAGGGGGCUUUAGAUCUUUAGACUGAUCAUUCAGAAGUGUGAAAUAGAUGACGACUCAGCCAAGUGGUCAUCAGCACCCCAAAAACAUUUAAAUGAUGUUCAGAUAAAGUUUAAAGUCCCUUCAAACUGUUUUCACCAAUUACAAAAUAAGAUACUGAACAGUGACUGAAUGCUGGACUGGCCAAAAGGGGAAUAGGAGUGUAUGUAAUAUCUGUAAAUUAAUAAUUUACCAGAAUAUUGUGCUGUAUUAUGUUACCUAAAAUAAAAUAAUUGCAAACCACUA